AUGAGGCAUGAAGGAGCAAAGGUUGCUUGGUUUGAGUGCACAGGCACCAUUGAUGAUGUUGUGCAUGGUUCUGCAUGGUAUUAUAUUGCCUGCGGUGGAUGCAGGAAUAAGGCAACCAAAGGGCCUACCACACUUAUGUGUAAGAAAUGUGGUAAAGCGGAUGUUGCUGGUGUUGCAGAGUACCUCACGAAGAUAUUUGUGUAUGACACAAAUGACCAUGCGACCUUUGUGCUUCUUGGUGAUGUUGGGUUUGAGUUGCUUGGGAAGAAAGCCUCAGAGUUGGUGGAGAGUUACUUUGAGGUAAUUACAAACUCUCCAUCAUACAUGCUUGAAAGCGUGGGAGAUGAUCACGUAGUCCCGGUGCCCCAAGCUCUUACUGAUACAAUUGGCCAAACUCACAAAUUUGUAUCAAGGAAGAGCAAGGCUUUAACUGUGACCAAGGUCCUCCGUCCUCAAACUCCUGAACUUGAAAACAACAUUGAAGAGAACCUGGUUGUUCCUUCAGCCGAUGAAGCUUUGCAGGUGGAUAAUCCUGCGGUUGGUCCUUCUAUUGGAUAUGAGGAAUCUGCAGAUGAGAGGGUGAAAAGGAAUUCUGAUAUGGUUGAGACAGAGGAAGCCAAGCGUGCCAGAUGUGGCUGA